CCUAAAGUAGCAUCACUUUUCUGAAGCGUGGUGCUAACGCGUACUAAUAGUGAAGGCAACAAGCUCUCGCACCAGCACCAGCACCAGCACCAGCACCUGUGGCACUGGGCGCAGUACCCUCUUUCUCUGUGUUUCAGUCUUUGUGCAAGUGGAGCCACCAUUCCAAAUUUCCAAUAGCAUCAACAAUGGAGAAACCCAACAAGAAGCAAGUGCUGCUCUUCUACUGCAUCGAGGCUGAAGAACUCGCUCGUAAAGUUGCUGCUCAGUCUCCUCUCAUCACCCUUCAGUCCAUUAAUUGGAGGAGCUUUGAUGACGGAUUUCCAAACCUUUUCAUAAAUAAUGCACAAGAUAUAAGAGGCCAACAUGUUGCCUUUUUGGCUUCUUUCAGCUUACCAGAAGUCAUAUUUGAACAGCUCUCUGUCAUAUUUGCUCUUCCUCGGCUGUUUGUUGCAUCCUUUACAUUGGUCUUACCAUUUUUUCCAACUGGAUCUUUUGAGAGAAUGGAAGAGGAAGGAGAUGUUGCCACAGCUUUUACAAUGGCAAGGAUAUUAUCCAAUAUUCCAAUAUCAAGGGGUGGGCCAACUAGUGUGGUCAUAUAUGACAUACAUGCUUUGCAGGAAAGGUUUUAUUUUAGCGACCAUGUACUUCCGUUAUUUGAAACUGGGAUCCCCCUAUUGAAGCAGCGUCUUGAUCAACUACCGGAUGCUGAUAAGAUAGUAGUUGCAUUUCCAGAUGAUGGAGCAUGGAAGCGAUUCCACAAGCAGCUGGACCAUUUUCCUAUGGUUGUUUGUGCAAAGGUUCGUGAAGGUGAUAAAAGGAUAGUCAGGAUUAAGGAAGGCAACCCUGCUGGCUGUCACGUUGUCAUUGUUGAUGACUUGGUACAAUCUGGUGGAACUCUUAUUGAAUGUCAGAAAGUUUUGGCAGCACAUGGUGCAACGAAGGUUAGCGCCUACGUGACACAUGCUGUAUUUCCUAAGCGUUCAUUUGAGCGUUUCACACAUAAAGAUGGUUCAGAGAAAGCCUUUACUUACUUCUGGAUUACAGACUCUUGUCCUCGGACUGUAAAGGCUAUUGCAAAUAAAGCUCCUUUUGAAGUUCUGAGUCUUGCUGGGUCGAUUGCUGAUGCUCUUCAAAUAUGAAAGAUGCAAAGCUGUUUGACAGGAAGUAAUGAUGAUGAAAGGAUAUGCGAGUUUGUAUCCUGCUAUGGAAACAUCAAGGAGUUAUACUCCGUUGAAUAACAGAUGUACGAGGCAUAUGCGCCUUCUGGUUUGCGAGCUCCUUUUCUUUUUCAAGCUCACUAGGUCUCUGUAUUAGCUUCUAGAUUAGUUAUUGCCAAGGGAUUUGAAGGCUUUAGACUCAGAUUUUGUGUCCUCCUGAUAGAAGGUAGUUGGAUAUCAGAUGUAAAAGAGUACCAAUGCAAUUCUAUUAUUUGCAAUAAAAAUGUUCAAUUAGAGAGAUCA